ACCAGACCUACCAAGCUUUUACAUUUCUUCCUCACUCUUCAAUUACCCCAUUGCAAAAUGAGCACCAAGAUUCUUAAAGGACUCGCCCUCGCCGGCCUCGUCUCGGCAGCCGCAGCUUGCUCGACCAAGUCCGACGUCGAGAUCACCUUCUACGGAUAUCCCGACAACGACCCUCCCAGUGCGGAUAUCGCAUACGACUGUGGUCGUGGCUACACCGCUGGGGGUACUGGCACCCACAGCGACCCCCUGACCUUUGCUUCGGCCCCUGGCGAGUUCACCAAGUGCGAGAUCAUCUACCUCCCUUAUCUUCGCAAGUACCUCCGCUUCGAGGAUACCUGCGCGCAGUGCACUUCCGACUACGAGAAUGGCAAGCGUCACAUCGAUAUCUGGACUGGAUCUACCACUUCCAAUGGCGGCGACGCGCAGAUCGACUGCGAGGAUGAUCUGACCCCUGAUGACUCUCAGACUAUUAUCAUUGAUCCGUCUAGCUCCCUGACUGUCAACACCGGCAAGCUGUUCUCUGAUGGAUCCUGCCACACCUCCAAUACCUACACCGAUGCCGAUGCCUCGAGCUACUGCAGCUCUGGCUCGUCUAGCUCCGGUUCUGGCUCUUCCUCGUCCUGCGAAUGGGAAGGCCACUGUGCUGGUGCCUCUUGUUCGAAUGAGAAUGACUGCUCUGGCGACCUGACUUGCAAGAGUGGCAAGUGCGCUUGAGUGCUGCCAUCCUAUGCUUAGGACCGGUUAGAUAUUUAACGACAUCUACCGUGGGCAUAUGGGCCUCUAUUGGGGUGUGUAUGUAUAUAUAGUCGGUGUAUACAUGUAUAAAGCUCCCUUAGCUACCUUAGAAUUGGAC